AUGGGGGGGCGCGGAGGAGACGCCGGAAGUAGCGGGGGUACGGGUCCGGCCGAGGGGUACUCUGCGCCGGCUGCAUCCACCCGAGCGGCGGCUAGAGGCAAGGCCCGAGGGGGUGGGCGUGGCGGCUGCCGGAGCACGCCGGCCUCUGUUCCCUCCUUGCACGAAGCGGCGCCGCGGCGCUCCCCUCUGCCGAUUACCAUGAGCGAGCGCCUCCGCCCCAGAAAAAGGAGAAGGAAUGGGAAUGACGAGGACAACCACCUCCCUCCGCAGACCAAGAGGAGUAGCCGGAACCCUGCCUUCCAAGAUUCCUGGGACACAGAGUCUUCCAGUAGUGAGAGUGGCGGCAGCAGCAGCAGCAGCAUCAACAGCCCGGACCGGGCGAGUGGCCCAGAAACCAGCUUACACCAGAUCAUCGCCGGCUCGAGCCCCAACACCCCCCAGCCCGCCCCCGAGCAGUCUGUGCUCUGCCAAGGCCUUUACUUCCACAUCAACCAGACCCUGAAGGAGGCCCACUUCCACAGCCUCCAGCACCGAGGCCGGCCGCCCACAUGA